AUGGCCGACACCUCGGCGGCCGCCGCGGCCGCAGAGCUGCUCGCGCACGCGCGCGCCUUCGCCUCGUCGAACCAGGACCUGUAUGCGCUGCUGGGCGUGGACGCGACGACUCCGAGGGCCGACAUCCACCGCGCGUGGCGCAAGACGUCGCUCAGGUACCACCCGGACAAGGCGGGCGACAGCUUCGACCCGGAGAAGUGGCAGCUCUUCGAGCGGGCGCGGGACGUGCUGUCGGACCCGGCGGCCCGGGAGGCGUACGACACGCAGCGCUCGGCGAACCUGAUCCGGGAGCAGGCCAAGAUGGCCAUGGACGACAGGAGGCGCCGGAUGGUGGAGGACCUGGAGGCCCGGGAGAAGGCGGGCGCCAUGGCGGCGGCGGCGGGCGCGGCGGGGCAGCAAACGGGGGCCGGGGAUGCAAGUAACACGAUGUCGGAGCAGGAGCGUAAGAAGACGGCCGAGGCGGGACGGAAGCGGGUCGAGGAGAGGCAGCGGCUGAUGAGGGAGGCCGAGGAGCGCGAGCGGCAGCGCGCCGCCGAGAAGGAAGAGGCCGAUCUCAAGCGGGAGGCCGAUCUCGAGCGCAGGAUCGGCGAGAUCCAGGCGCGCAAGGCGGCGAAGGAGGCUGCCCGGCGGCAGCAGGCUGAGGGUGGUUCCGAGGGGGCAGAGGCCGGGAUGGCGGAGAAGGUGGUACCGGAUGGGGAUGUCGACAUGGCUGACAGACCAGCACCACCACCAACAACAACAACUACAGCGUCGGCGAAGUCGGGAGCUGAAUCCAGGCAGCAGGAGACACGGCCGCAUGUCCUCGAGGCACAGCAAAAGGCUGAAAAGCUCGCCGCCGAGGCCGCGGCGAUACCGAGGGUGCGUGGGGACUUUUCGCACACGUACGCCCGGCUCAAGGCUGCACAGGCGGUCAAAGAGGCGCGGCAGCUCGCGCGGGAAGGUAUGGCUGCUUGA